AUGACUUGCUAUUAUCAUCCGAUGCUGCGCAGGCCGGAGUUUCGGAUGUUGCCUGCGCAUCUUCGGGAUCAAAUCAGGGAUAUGCGCAUGAAAGGCAUGGCCACUUUAGUUGCAAUUGGAGAUUUCACAGACACUUGUCUGGAUCUGGCAAAUCAGGAUGAACCGUGGAGUAUGUUGAGGUAUGAUGAACUAGAUCAACGUUGGAAACCUCUGGCCAAUAAUCUUCCUCCGGACAUGAUCAAUGUUAGAGGUUAUGGGUCUGCUGUGCUGGAUAACUACUUGUUUAUUGUUGGUGGGUACAGAAUGGCAAGUCAAGAGAUCUCAGUUGCCCACUGCUACAACCCUUGCAAAAAUGAGUGGAAUCACGUGGCACCCCUAAACCAGAAAAGAUCCAACUUCAAGCUUCUGGCAGUCAGUGGCAAACUAUAUGCAGUUGGUGGUCAUUGUCUGGGUACGGUGGAGUGCUACAGUCCCGAGCAGGACUGGUGGACAUGCGUGUCGUCUUUGCCAGAUCCCCUGGCUGAGUUUUCUGCUUGUGAGUGUCAAGGCAUGAUCUACGUCAUGGGCGGUUACACCGCUAGAGAUAGAAACACCAGCAUUCUUCGCUACUGCCCCGCCUCAGACACAUGGUCCAUCUUUCAAUCUUGCUCCGUUCAUGUGCGCAAGCAGCAGAUGCUCUCAGUGGAAGACACCAUCUACCUCGUGGGUGGAUACACGCAUGAUCUAGAACCAGGAGAAGCUGGCGGACGGAGGACCAAUCAGACGGAGGACGUGUUGACGGUACAGACCUACAACGUGCAGACGGGCGAAUGGUUGUAUCUGAAGGAGAACACAUCCAAGUCGGGCAUGAACCUCACCUGCACGCUGCACAACGACGGUAUCUACAUCAUGAGCAGAGACAUCAGCUUGCCCACCAGCCUGGAGCAUCGUGUGUUUCUCAAAUAUAACAUAUUUUUAGAUGCUUGGGAGGCUUUUAGACGUUUCCCCGCCCUGGGACAAAACAUGUUGCUUUGUUCUCUUUACCUGCCCAGUGUCCUAUGA